AUUCCUGCUGAGAGAGAGCCAAAGUGUUUUCCAGUUCCAGAAGUGGAUUUUUUCAGCCAUACACACCCAGCCAGCUGUGAGUACUGCACCAGAAUCCACGCUCUUCUGGAGUGAUUGUUGCCCUUCUUCCCCUCAGGCAGGACCAUGGCUGUACCAUCUCUUCUUCUCUUCACUGCUCUCCUCAGCCUCUCCUGUGCUCAGCAGCAAGCGCUGCUGGAAUACCUAGAGAGGAGACUCUUAGCCAUAGAGGAUCGCAUCUCCCUGUGGCACGAUCAGACUAACCGUUACGCAACGGAGCUUCGCGAGUUCAAGCAGCAGAUAGUGGGCCUUCUGGAGAACGUGGAGAAGGAGCGCGAGGGGCUGCGCAGUGACCUAGAGAACACCAACACGCGGGUGGACCGUAUCGAGCGAGAAAUGGACUACCUGGAAACACAGAACCACUCACCGCCCUGCGUGGAGGUGGAUGAAAAGCUGGUAGAGCAACAGGUGACCAACGUGAAAGAGAAACAGAAGGACAAAUACGACAAGCUCACGGAUUGCAGGGAUAUGAUAUCUAGCAUCAAAGCCAUGAAGAUCUUAAAGAGAAUGGGAGGCCCCAAAGGCACGUGGACAAAAGACACAAAGACGGCAUCUGAAAAGGUGUACAUCUUUAAUGGCACCAUGGGUGAAACACUGUAUGAGUUCAGCACCAUUCGUGAGUUCACAUCCUCAUCAGGCAUCUCCAAAGCAAAGCAGAUAAAGCUGCCCUUUCCCUGGGGAGGUAUGGGACACAUAGUCUAUAAUGGAUAUGCAUACUAUGUGAAGGAAGGAAAGGAAUUCCAGGUGAUCAAAUAUGACUUGAAAAAUGAAACAGUGGUGGACAGCGCAGUAUUCCCAGCUGAAGAACAAGUCCCAGUCUACGGCCUUUCUCCGGAAACCUACAUAGACCUUGCAGCAGAUGAAGAGGGGCUGUGGGCCCUGUAUGCCACCAAGGAGAACGAAAAAAAUAUCUGCCUGGCUAAGAUGGACCCCAGGACACUUGAUAUUGAACAGAUGUGGGACACGCCAUGCCAGAGAGAAAACGCUGAGGCUGCGUUCGUCAUCUGUGGCACAGUGUACGUGGUUUACAACACCAAGCUGGCCAGUCGCUCCCGGGUGCAGUGCGUCUUUGAUGUCAGCGACAUGGUGACCAAUGAGGAUGCCCCGCUAGUGUACUUCCCCAAACGCUAUGGUUCGCACUCCAGCCUGAAGUACAACCCUCGGGAGAAGCAAAUCUAUGCCUGGGAUGAUGGGUAUCAGAUCUUCUACAAGCUUAACAUGAAGAAAAAACUGGAGGUGUGAGAUACGUUGAUCCUUUUAGUUCUGAUGUCUUCAGCUUCUUGUUUAUAGAGAAAUGUCUUAACAAUCAAACUAAAAGCAAUAAGAGGUGUAUUUGUACUUUUAAUGAACCCGUCACUCCCAAAUUAUAAUCUGCUCCAUGAUUUUCCCACAGUAUGUAUUGGUCUUUUUUGAGGACUUUUGUGGCCGAUUGCUUGAAUGCCCAUUAUGAUUAACAGGACUGUUUUGAUGCAAUAAAAAAUAUUUCACAGCAGAUCAUGGAAGUAACAGGUGGCACAGUGAUAUAACAGUUUCCUCACAGCUCUAGGUUCUGGGUUACAAUUCGGUCCAGGAUGCCUUUUAUGUGGAGCUUUUAUUUUAUUCUUGUACCUGUGUAACUUUUUAUUCUCAGUCCUUAGACACACCAUUUGUGUUCACAUGUGUGUGUCUGGCCUGUGAUUAAGCAGUGUCCUUUGGAAGGUACUGUAUAGUCCUACCUUGGACUCUACAGUAUGUCUGCAAGGUUAGGCUGCAACUCAUUGUGAUAAAGAGCUCUCAAGGAAAUCGAAUAAUGGCUAAUGCAAUUUGUUUUCUAAACCCAACUCUCACUAUAUUCUGUGCCUGCCAUUUUCACAAAUGAGAAGAAAAAGACUAAAUUUUAUCUGGAAAUAAUCUGAGUUAUGCUAUUUAAAUCAGCCAGUGAAGUGGAAAAAGCAAUAUAAAUGUUAAAAUUAUUAUGCAGAUUAGUUGCACUUAAGGUUUUAUACUUUAAAGGAUCAUUUAAAAAUAAUUCCAGAUGCAUUAAAAAUAACAAUUUAUACUUUUUUUCUUAUAGUGUAAUGGAUAUCAUUUAUUUUUUUGAUUGAAUACAGUAUUUACACUAUUAUCUACUAUGUUUGCUCAAUCAUUAGUCCUAUUUUUCCACAAUCUGUAGCAGUACAUUUUCUUUUCUUAUGUCUAUUUUGACUGAUUGAUUUUGACUGAUAUUUGAACAGAUAUUUUCUAGGACAUAUUAAUGUAGAUCCUGAAUUUUUAUGUAAUUUCAACCAGUUGUGUAUCAUUCAACUUCAAUCUUUAAACACCCUGUAUAUUUCUAAAAUUAGAGCACCUCUAGAAAUUAAAAUGUAUUUUGUUAGGUCAAUAGGUUCUGUAUGUCAAAGUAUAACAUGGUUUUUGUAUAUUCUUCCAUGUUGUAUGUGAUUAGUUAACACCGAUGGAGUAUUAGUUUCUGAUUCUAUAGUGUAUGUUCCAAAAUGUCAUACAAAAUAAUAAAAAGUUAAUUUUGCUACUUUUA